AACAGGAUCAUUAUGAGGAAGGUUGUCAACACCAUCGUCAAAGACGGGAAAUCAGUGGUGGUCUCCGCCGCAACCGAAACCACCUACUGGAAGCGCCCCGACUCUAUAGCUGAAAAAGUCGGCAGUGUUCUCAUAGAUUCAAUCGGAAGCUGGGAUGGUAAACUACCUGAUGGCACAGUGGAGGUCUGCUGCAGGGAGUCUGAGCAUAAGAGUGACGCAGAUCAGCGCCAACACAUCACGGCUGUGUGCUUUGGCGCAAAAGAAGGCAAGGUGACUAUUCAUGUGCCUGUCAAGAAGACUUAGAGAGGCAUAUCCUGAUACGCCGAGAUGUGCAGAUACACGGAGGAGUCUUUGAAGACUUGAUAUUCGUCUUAUCGGUAUUAAUGUAUA